AUGAGUGAAGUAAAGCCCAGAAAACAGGCCUCGAGAAAGGGUAAGAAGGCAUGGAGAAAGAAUGUCGAUAUUGAAGAUAUUGAAUCAACGCUCCAACAAAAACGAGAUGCAGAAAUCGUACAUGGUCCCGACCAUAAAGAAGAAGAUGAUUUUGUUAUUGAUACCACACCAUUACCGCAACAUAUUUCGAAAGCUCCAAAGCAAAAGAAGAAACUGAAAUCCAAAGAGGUGUUGGAGAAUAAAUCUAAAGUACCUGCUUUAAUCAACACGAGAACAAAGACUCAUGGCAAAACAGUGCAAGGUGUACAAAGAACAGAAAUGUUGAGAUUGAUCAAGAUGAGAGGCGGGAAAUAUGGAGAAGAAAACAUUGCGUUGGCGAGAGUUGAAGAAGACGGAUUGAUCAAUGGAGGUGGAGAAGAUCUCUGGGAUGAGCAACCAAGUGUCGGUAAAGAUACAAAAAUUCCAAAAUAUAAUAGAUCUACUGCGGAGGUUACAAGAGCCACAACUGUGCCGAAAACAUUACGUGAGAAACCUAUUCAAAUUUCAAAGAAUGAUUUGACGUUGAAGCAUGUGCAUGCUGGUAAGUCGUAUAAUCCGUCUUUGGAAUCAUGGAAGAGUCUUAUUGAUCAAGAGUAUCAGAUUGUUGAGAAGCUAGAGGUGAAUAGACAGGCUAUGGAGGAGCAUAGGUUAAAGAUACGUGAGUUGAUGGUGACUUUGAAAGAUAAUGAGGUUUCAGACGACGAUGACAGUGAUGAUGAGGAUGAUGAUGACAAAUACAAUGACCGAAAAGAAGAUGAGAAUGAGAAUGGAGUGGGAGAAGGAGAAGGAGAAGGAGAGGUUGGUCAAAGAAAAGUUAAUGAGGAGAGUGAGAAAGACUACUCGUUAUCAAUCAACAAACCAAAUAAGAUCAAGAUCAAGACAAAAACAAAGAGAAACAAGGAGGCAAGACAUAAGAAAAGAAUGCAAUUAGAGCAGGAAAUCAAGGAGCUCAAGAAGCAGUUACAUGACUUGUCUAAACUUGAUGAGAUUUUACAGAAACAGAAGGAGGAAGAAGAAGAGAAGGCUGAUGGUGUACCACCUUCAAAGAAACAACGAAGCGAAAAGAAGAACAAAUUGUUCAAGUACACUCCGAUCGAAACACCAUUGGAAGUAAAACUUUCAGAUGAAUUGACCAGCAAUUUGAAAAACUUGAAACCAGAGGGUAACUUGUUUUACGACCAAAUGUUGAAUUUGCAAUCCUCCGGAAAGAUUGAGUCCAGAGUUCCAGUGAAUAAGAAGAGGAAAUAUGCAAAGAAAGUCACUGAGAAAUGGACCUACAAGGAUUUUAAAUAG